UCAAAUAUGUCAGAUAACCGUUAAAGUUAAUUUACGUACAUAAGUGGAAGACAUAAAAUGUAAAGGAACGAUGAAUAAAACUUCAGUCUUUUUGUAUUGCCGAAUUAUUUUAUGAAUCGAAGUUUCGAUAUUUUAAAUUUCGUUACGUAAGUUUGUAAUUCGUUGGAAUUAAGUUAGGUUAUUUUUUUAAAUGGAAGAAGCGGCGAUUGAUUCGCCAAAUUUACGUCUAAAUGGUAAUGAACAAAUUAAUGAAACAGACGACGAAAAUUCUUGUGCAAAUUACAAUGACUCAGAAAGUGAACGUGAAAUAUUAUCUGGGGAAUGUACGCCGCAACAGGGAUCGGCGAGCAGGCAAAUCAACAAUUCUAUCUUUAAUACCAUAUCUAAAAUUGUUAAUCCUACAGCAAAGGUACCAGAAAUACAGGAUUUUAAGAUUGUGAAACCAAUUAGCCGUGGUGCAUUUGGCAAAGUUUUCCUUGGAUAUAAAAAGUCAAACUCUGAAAAAGUAUAUGCUAUUAAAGUAAUGAAGAAAAAUGAGAUGAUAAAUAAGAAUAUGGCUUCGCAAGUGAUCAUUGAAAGGAAUGCAUUAGCUUUAACACAUAGCCCAUAUUGUGUACAAUUAUUUUAUUCAUUGCAAUCCGUUAGUAGCAUUUAUUUAGUAAUGGAAUACAUGGUGGGUGGGGAUCUUAAAAGCUUGCUUGGUGUAUAUGGUUACAUGGAAGAGUCCAUGGCAGCUUUCUAUACUGCAGAAGUAUGUCUUGCUUUGGAAUAUCUUCAUUCCCAUGGAAUUGUACAUAGGGAUUUAAAACCAGAUAAUAUGCUCUUGUCGAAAGAAGGACAUGUCAAGCUGACAGAUUUUGGGCUUAGUAAAAUAUCUUUACAUAGAGAUCUCGAAAUAUCGGAUUUAGUUAAUUGCACACCUAGUCUUUGCACUAGGACUCCUGGACAGCUUCUUUCACUGACGUCGCAUUUAUCUUUCGGUUCUGGACAAAAAUCCACGAGUGAAUCUAAUCUUAGCGAUAGAAGUACACCUGCUGUUAAUUUACUUUCUGCUCUGCAACAAAAUUGUACCAAAACCCAAGUAUCACCGAUUUCGGUGGCUUCUUCCGUUGUCACAUCAGGAGAUUACUCCUUAGUGUCUGGUAUUACUCCUUUUCAAUCAGCAGAAGAUCUUCAGUUAACAAAACAUCAGGAAAAUGUUAUCGUUGAGAACAUCGACUAUGAUCAAGAAAGUAGCUCUGGGAGUUAUCAUACAUGCGAAGCGACUUCGGUUCAAGCGAAUAGUCAAUUGAAUCAAAAUUUAGAAGAUGAGGACGAAUCCACGCUAGAAGCUGAACAAUCUCAGCAACCUCUCCCUCAUAUUAGUCCAUUAAGUACAUGUACGUUUACUAGAGGCGCGAAACGAAAAAGAGCUGCAAGUGUAACAACAGGCCUAACAUGUGAAUUAAAUGCAAUAGAUUUAGAUCUCGACAAAACACCAAAACGAAAGAAUCGUGGUUGCAUAUUUUCUAGGAGUCCGAUCAAUUCUACUAUUUCCGAAUCGAUAAAACAAACUAACAAUGGUACUGAUAUUGCUAAAGUACAAGAAAGUGGAAAAGUUGCAUUUAGUACACCAGUGUCGUUUGUGAAACAGAGAUGUUACAGCGAAGAAAAUGAGGACAAAUGUGAGGAAAGAACAGCACGUUUGAUUAAGACAACACGAUUUCAACUUCCAAUGGCUCAUACGUCGCAGUCGGCUCCUGAGAUACCUGUAGGCGAUAACUUGGACAAACAUCGGUCGCCUCAAGGCAUAUCUCCCAUAAAGACACCGGCAUCUUCUGGUAAUAGUUACACACCUUACAGAACUCCCAAAUCGGUAAGAAGAGCCGGUGUUAAUCGGUCAGAUGAUCGCAUACUUGGAACUCCCGAUUAUCUCGCUCCAGAAUUACUCUUGAAACAAGGUCAUGGAUAUGCGGUGGACUGGUGGGCUUUAGGUGUAUGCCUGUUUGAGUUUUGCACCGGUGUUCCGCCGUUUAACGACGAAACACCACAGGCUGUGUUUUCCAAUAUCCUCGCCAGAGACAUUCCUUGGCCAGAGGAAGAGGAAGCUUUGUCAACGGCAGCUGUAGAAGCUAUAGAUGCCCUUCUCACUUUGGAUCAAUAUGAACGUCCUUCUGCGCAAGAAGUGCGAGUUAUGAAACUUUUUCAAAAUUUUGCCUGGGACGAGCCGCUGAAAGCGACGCCCCCUUUUAUACCGCAACCCGAUGAUAAUUACGAUACAUGCUAUUUUCAAGCACGGAACAUCAUGCAACAUUUAAACGUGAGCAAUUGCGACACAUAAUAUUUGAAGUAUAGCAUUGAUGGGGAAAUAGAUAUCUACGGCCUACUUUGUGACAGGAAUAACAUAACGUAAAGAUUGUUAUAGUAUUAAACUAUUUUUUAUAUAGUUGUACAUGUAUAGUACUAUAAAAUAUUUUGUUACAAUGUAGA